AGCCAAUCGGGGAGAAACUGCUGGCAGUCACUGAGCUGUGUUAGUGUCAACCCCCUUUUAAUUAGAUCAUCCCGCUCGAAAUCGUUAGCACAAGGGGUUUUUUUUUAAACCGAAUCAGACAUUGCCCGGAACGCAUAUGGAUUGUUCUAUGUCCUGCAGACCAACACUGGAUCUAAGGGAUUGAGUUUCCUGGGGCGGGGGAGAGACUGAUACCUGCUGCUGGACUUUCUCAAGCUCUCCUUGAUCUUUCGCACCAGUGUCUGGCGGGAGCCAUGUUCCAGCCCACGGCCAAGAGAUGCUUCACCAUCGAGGCUCUGGUGGGUAAAGACAACACCUCGGCCCUAGGGGAUGAGCCCCUGCGCCCCACCGCUCUCAGAUACGCCGACUCGGUGCACGCCGCCCCGUUUGGAAGUGGCUUCCCGAACGCCGGCAGGACUCUCUACAGCAGCCCCGAGCUCCUGUUCCCUGAGCCGGUGACACAUGCGGCCAGCCCCGCUCUGUCGAUGCACCCGGGCAAUCCGCACCAUCUCCCCGCACAGUCUUUCUUUGCACCGCAACAGAGAGAGGCGCUGAGCUUUUACCCCUGGGUGUUACGGAACAGAUACCUGGGUCACAGAUUUCAAGGCAGUGAAGGGGGAGCCGAGGGUUUACUCCUCCACGGCCCGUUCACCAGAAAACCCAAACGGAUUCGGACGGCCUUCUCUCCUUCCCAGCUCCUGAGGUUAGAGAGAGCCUUCGAGAAAAAUCACUACGUGGUGGGAGCCGAGCGGAAACAGUUAGCGAAUAGCCUGUGCCUCACAGAAACCCAGGUGAAGGUAUGGUUUCAGAACAGAAGGACAAAAUACAAGCGGCAGAAGCUGGAAGAGGAGAGCCCGGAGACACAGCAGAAACGGAAAGGCACACAGCACGUCAACAGGUGGAGAAUGGCCACUAGACAAACUAGCCCAGAGGACAUUGAUGUCAUUUCAGAAGAUUAGAGGCAGUUUGGACAAAGACAGCGACACAAACCUCUCAGUAUAAUUCGUGCAAUGGCCACUCCCUGCAGCUGAGUCCAUGGACUGGAUCAUGGAACGGAAAAUAAAUCUAUAAAUAUAUUCAACACGUUUUAUUCUAGUGGCCCACGGUGGAGCUAAGGAACCCACUUCCAAUCAAGUCAUAGGAGACAAGAUGGACUUUUGACAAAAUGCUUCAAACGUGUGAUUAUACUUUAAUUAAAAGGAAUAUUUGUUUUUUUUUUAAAUGUUCGAUUGCAUCAAUUUGGAGCCGGUCUCUCCUUGCUGGAAAUGACCUUCGGGUUAUGGGGCGGAUGAUGGAGCGAAUCCCCCCGCCAGGCGGCUCGCUGUACACGGGGAAUUUCAAUGCUUGUAAGACGGAUUUGAUUAAAGGUGACCAGGAGCAGCCAGCGUCUGCGGCCAGAGCUACGGGGAUGGUGACUUUUCACGUUUUAGGUCGGAGGAUUUAUAAAGGGAAUCAAAUAAAGAUUCCCACCGCCCCCCCUCCCCCAACCCCACCCCCCGAAAGGCGUCCGGAGCACACGGAGAGUGUGAAUGAGAAAGACUCAUUGAAAUAAAAACGUUUCUACGGGUUUGCGAACAGAGGAAAGGUCGGACGGUCGAUAGGAGUUUAGCUCCGAGAACUUCGUGUAAAUAAAAGACACCCACGUGGAUUCUGUUCCUUGAUGUCCCCCCCCCCCCCCCCAGAUCCGUUUUAUAAUGGUCUUCGUUGUCGAUUGUACAUAUAUGUGUCACCAAUGGCGUGUCUGUACUACAGAAUAAUAAGGGAAUAUUUUUUCCACAAUAAAAUAUAUUA